CUUUUUCUAAGAUGUAAACAGCGCUUCGAGUUUAAAAACGAAGAUAUUUCUCCGACCACCUCGUGAGCUGGUGAACUACGUCCCAUGAAUCAAUCUCUUCAUUUGUAAAUGUGGAAUCUGCUGGGUAAGGUCACAGAAAGCUGGUGUCAGUCUCAGCAGUCUUCGAGCAAGGAUAUGGGAGAUACCCUGGACAGUCUCUAGUCAGCCUAACAUGCACAUGUUUGGUCUGUGGACGGACAAUGGAGAAAACCUAAUGGCCAAUGACCAAAAGAGAGGACAUGUAAAAACUCAUCAUGUCCCGUUUGCCUGUGAUAACCAAGAGGGUUCUCACCAGCAGCAACUCUGAGAACUCUCAUCACUUGGCACCUGCUCCGAAGAAGGUGCGCAGAGAGCAAGAGCCACAAAGAUGUCCGACAGCUGUAACCGUGAUAGGAGACAAACGCCCUCCAGUUGCAUCAGGAAGAGCUUCUCUUUAUAAAUCGGUGAGAGGUGCAGGAGCUGCUACCGUGGCUGCUGGUCCUUCCAGAGCUGUCCAGAAGGUGCCCACAGCUUCGACUGCUCCUAAAGGUGCAGCCAAACCGCCCGCUGCCACUAAAGCAGGUGGGACCGGGGCUCCGAGGAGACAAGCGUGGGACCUGAAGGGCAAGGUCAGCGACAUGGAGGGCAAGAUCCGCAACUACCAGACCAAGGUCCGGUCUGUGAACGAGGAGAAUGAGCUCCUGAAAGGCUCCGUGGCCCAGAGCCGCAACCGACUGUCUGACCUGGAGAGAGAGGUGGAGAGUCAGAAGAGCAAAAUCUGUGGGUAUGAAGUGGAGCUGCAGGCUUUGUGUGGAGUCCGUGAGGAUCUAAAACACAUGACCAGUGAGAAGAACUGCCUUCAGAGGGAACUUUCUGAUCUGGAGGCAAAAUACAAAGUCAUGGAGACUCUGAGGGACAGCCAGGAGGCCGAGCUGCAGACUCUGAAGAUGAAGCUGUCGGUUCAGGACUCGACCGUGACCCGGCUCCAGACCAGCCUCACAAACGCACAGGAGGAGGUUCGCACCCUGAAGGAAACCGUGGUGGAGCAGAAAGAUGAGCUUCAUGCUGGAGAGAUGGAACGCCGACGGCUCCAUAACAUGAUUCAGGAACUCAAGGGCAACAUCAGGGUCUUUUGUAGGGUGCGCCCUCUAGUGGAUGGAGGCCUGAGCAGUCACAUCCAGCUUGCCCCCAGUGACAACAAGUCCAUAACUCUGGCCAAAACGGAGGAGUCUCACACGGGGAAAAGUGCAGACACUCAUAAGAAUUACCAUUUUAGCUUUGACCAGGUGUUCGGUCCGCACGCUUCACAGCAGCAGAUCUUUGAAGAGAUCUCGCUGCUGGUGCAGUCGGCGCUGGACGGGUACAACGUCUGCUGCUUCGCGUACGGGCAAACGGGAAGUGGGAAGACUUACACCAUGGAGGGGGAGGAGUUUGACGACAGCAGAGGCGUCAUUCCCAGGGCUGUGCAGCAGAUCUUUAGAGCGGGCGAGAAGCUGGAGUCUCAGGGCUGGGAGUUCAACUUCACGGCCAGCUUUGUGGAGAUUUAUAAUGAGACUCUGAGGGACCUGCUGUACACGGGCAAGCCCAGCAAGAGACCAGAGCACGAGAUCAGGAAGAGCAACAACGAAGUGACGGUUACAAACCUGACCUACAAGCAGGUCUGCUCUGAGGGUCAGGUCCUCGACCUGAUUGCUCUGGCCAAGCAGAACCGCUCCACGGCCCAGACGGCUCAGAACGACCGCUCCUCUCGCUCCCACUCCGUGUUCCAGCUGCAGAUCGAGGGAGCAAACGCCGGCAGGGACGUCCGGUGCAAAUCCACGCUCUGCCUGGUGGAUCUGGCCGGUAGUGAGCGGAUGGUGAAGAGCCAGUCUCAGGGGGAGCGCUUUAAGGAGAUGACGUCCAUCAACAGUUCCCUGUCCAACCUGGGGAUCGUCAUCACCUCUCUGGCUAACAAGGAGAGCCACGUCCCCUACAGGAACUCCAAGCUGACCUACCUCCUGCAGGGAUGCCUGGGAGGAAACAGCAAAACAUUGAUGUUCGUCAACAUUUCCCCCGAGCCGGACAGCUUUGGGGAAACUCUGAACUCCCUGAGGUUUGCCAGUAAGGUGAACGACUGCGUCAUCGGGACGGCGAGCUCCAACAAAAAGUAGAAAUUAAGCCUCCAAUUUUGUUUUUUAACCUUAUUAUUUACACAAUCACAUAGUGACUCCAUGGUUCAGUUUGAAGCCUGGUCUACACGUGUCUCACUUGUAAAAACCAAAAAAAAAAUUGUUUUGUCUCAGGCACUCUUACAGGCUUUAGCCUCUUUUUGUAAAUAGAUUUUUGUUUAGCUUUUUUUAAACUUUAAUUAAAAUUGUAUGAAUUUUACUAAUGAAAACCAUCAUAUUCUGUUUUUUUCCAUCCUUUAUUGUUGUAAAUCCACUGCAGAAACAUCUAGUUUUAUUACCAAUGCUGACUUCUGAUCUCCUUUUCUUGUUGGGUCUUAAUAAAUAUUUUACCUGA